AUGACCUACUCUGCCGACCACCUGCACUGCGACCUACUCUGCCCGACCACCGCACUUGCGACCUACUCUACCGACCACCGCACUUGCGACCUACUCUACCGACCUACUCUGCCGACCUAUUCGCGACCACCGCACCCCGACCUACUCUGCUCGACCUACUCUACUGACCACCGCACUUGCGACCCACUCUACCCGACCUACUCUACUGACCACCCGCGCCAUUCUCACCCCGACCUACUCUGCUCGACCACCGCGCUUCGACCUACUCUGCCGACCUACUCUCCCCGACCACCGCGCUACGACCUACUCUGCUUCGACCUACUCUACUUACGACCACCCGCACUUGCGACCUACUCUGCCCACGACCUACUCUGCCCCGACCACCGCGCGCCGACCUACUCUGCCGACCUCCCGACCACCGCCCUCUACCCCGACCACCGCACUUACCUACUCACCCACCACCGCGCUUGCGACCUACUCCACCGACCACCCGCACUUGCGACCUACUCUACCGACCACCGCACUUGCGACCUACUCUGCUACGACCUACUCUGCCGACCACCGCGCUUCGACCUACUCUGCCUGACCUACUCUGCGACACCCCGCACUUGCGACCUACUCUGCCACGACCACCGCACUUGCGACCUACUCUACCGACCUACUCGCCCCGACCACCGCGCCGACCUACUCCACUCGACCACCCGCACUGACCUACUCACUCAGACCACCGCGCCCGGCCUACUCCACCGACCACCCGCACUUGCGACCUACUCCACCGACCACCGCACUUGCGACCUACUCACUCACGACCACCGCACUUGCGACCUACUCUCUACGACCACGCACCGCGACCUACUCUGCCGACCUACUCUACUUCCACCACCCGCACCUGACCUACUCUGCCCGACCACCGCGCCGACCUACUCCACCGCCACCACCGCAGGCUACUCUACUUACGACCACCGCGCCACGACCUACUCUACUCGACCAUCGCGCACGACCUACUCUACUUACGACCUACUCUGCCCGACCACCGCGCUGCGACCUACUCUGCCGACCACCGCACGACCUACUCUACUGACCUACUCCACACCCGACCACCGCACUGACGCCACCUCACCCGACCACCGCGCGCGACCUACUCUACCGACCACCGCCGCGACCUACUCCACCGACCACCGCGCGACCUACUCACCGACCACCGCGCCCGACCUACUCUACCUACGACCACCGCACUUGCGACCUACUCUGCCGACCUACUCUGCCGACCUACUCUGCUCACGACCUACUCUACUCGACCUACUCUGCCGACCACCGCGCUACGACCUACUCCACUUCGACCACCGCACUGCGACCUACUCUGCCGACCACCGCGCCGACCUACUCUGCUCGACCACCGCGCCGACCUACUCCGCGACACCGCACUGCCCCGACCACCGCGCCCGACCUACUCACUCGACCACCGCGCUUGCGACCUACUCUACCCACCACCGCGCCCGACCUACUCUGCUACGCCGCCGACCUGCUCCGCCGACCACCGCACUUGCGACCUACUCUACCGACCACCGCGCGCGACCUACUCUGCCACGACCACCGCGCCGACCCACUCUGCCGACCCCCUCUCUUCCGACCACCGCGCCGCCCUACUCUGCCGACCUACUCUGCCGACCACCGCGCCGCGACCUACUCUGCCGACCACCGCGCCGCGACCUACUCUACCGACCUACUCCACCGACCACCUGCACGCCGACCUACUCCACCGACCACCGCACCGACCUACUCACCGACCACCGCGCCGACCUACUCUGCCCGACCUACUCUGCCGACCACCGCGCUUGCGACCUACUCUACCGACCUACUCACCGACCACCGCGCCGACCUACUCCACUACGACCACCGCGCUGCGACCUACUCACCGACCACCGCGCCUGA